AUGUCCGCCGCGGCUGUCAGCAGAUGUUUCCCAGCAACGCCCCUGCGCGCGGCUCUGCGCAGGCGCGGCGCGGCGGGUCAAAGGUUAGCAGCCAGAGCGCCUGCGCGGACGGGCUCGCGCCUGCGCAGAACAGCGCUGCAAGAUGGCGGUGAGCGUGCGGCAGCCGCGGCGGGAGACUCAAGGCGGGAGUCGCGGGGUCGGGCCCCGCUCUCGGCCUCACGCGCUCUGCUUCCCCCGCAGGACAAAGAGAAGAAGAAGAAGGAGAGUAUCUUGGACCUGUCCAAGUACAUCGACAAGACCAUCCGGGUGAAGUUUCAGGGGGGCCGCGAAGCCAGUGGAAUUCUGAAGGGAUUCGACCCACUCCUCAACCUCGUGCUGGAUGGAACCAUUGAGUACAUGAGAGACCCUGAUGACCAGUACAAGCUGACGGAGGACACUCGGCAACUGGGGCUGGUGGUGUGCCGCGGAACGUCAGUGGUGCUCAUCUGCCCACAGGACGGCAUGGAGGCCAUCCCCAACCCCUUCAUCCAGCAGCAGGAGGCCUAGCCCUGUGCUCACCACUCACCCCACGCCUGUUUCUUAAUAAAAUCACAAACUGCCACAUCCA